GUCGUGCGUUAUGUGGUCAUCUCUGCGGAAGGGCGUCGCGACCGUGGGUGUCCAUGGGCGGCAUGCGGCUCUUCAAACGAGAUGUCUUCAAGCAUCGCAUGUGAAUAUGACAAUGACGCGCCUGAGGAUGCUGCCUAAGCAGUGGCCUCGUGGUCGAUUUCGAUGUUGGAGCAGUGUCUCGUCCGAUCAAAACCAAACCGCGGACGACGACGAGCGCGAACAAGAGGAAGUGGAGAGCAUCAUGCGCAAGAUCUUAGCUCAAAGCAAAAAGGUCGAUGAAGGUGGAGAUAGAGGCAAGAAGGAAGGCGGUGGGCUUGUCGACAUGAUCACAGGCGGCCGCCUUCGCAAACUGGAAGACGUCAACCAAACUUAUUACCCUGGACAAGCCUUCAAGGCGACCUCCCAGGACAUGGUGUUCCGCGCCAUGGCAGGCAAUACGUUGAUCACGGCACUCAAGCUGGCGGCAUACCUCAAGACCGGGUCCAGCGCCAUGCUCAGCGAGGCCAUCCACUCCCUCGUGGACACUGGCAACCAAGGGCUCCUCAUCCUCGGGCUGCGACAAGCCUCGUUCCAACCGGAUAAGAAGCAUCAGUACGGAUACGGUCGCGCGGCGUACUUUUGGUCGCUGAUUUCGGCGCUCGGGAUCUUUUGGCUCGGCGCCGGUGCUACCGUCACCCACGGCAUCCAAACGCUGGUCAACCCGCCGACCGCAGAGGAGCUGGUGCUGACGUGGGAAGUGUGGACUGUGCUUGGGAUGUCGUUCUGCAUCGACGGCUACGUCCUGCAGCGAUGUCUGGGCGAGCUCAUGCAAACCAAACCCAAAGGCGUGUCCCUGUACCAGCACAUCACCGACAUCAAGGACCCGUUCAUGCUCGCGGUGGUGCUCGAAGACUCGGCGGCGUGCACGGGGGUGCUCAUCGCCUUAGCUGGCAUCGGCGCCAGCUACGUGACAGGCAACCCCGUGUGGGAUAGCGCCGCGAGCAUCGGCAUCGGCUUCCUUCUUGGCGGCGUCGCGGUGUCUCUCAUUCGAAUGAACCAGCGGUUCCUCUUGGGCCAAUCUGUCGACCCUGAGGUCGAACAAGGGAUCAAGGCGUUGCUGUUGUCAAGGCCAUCGAUUGACAACGUUUACGCCGUGCAAUCCCAGUGGGUUGGACCGUCCACAUUUAGUUUCAAGGCGGAAGUGGACUUUGAUGGGACAUACAUGGCAGCCCAGCUCCUCGAAAUGUAAUGCGAACAUCAUAUACAAUUUAAUCACAUGAUGCUGGACAUGAUUGAUUUGCAUGGUUCUAGGUACAAGCCAGUGUUUCUGGACUCGGACUUGGAGAGCGAACUGCCAGUCAUCUUGGCGUGGUAUGCCGAAGAUGUGACACGGUUGGUGGAGAAGGAGGUGCAGGAGGUGGAGGCCGAGAUCCGGUACCCAAUGCUUUGUCGCAUGUUGAACCUUGUUGACUUUGAAAUAUAUAUGGGCGAUAGGGCCAAGUACCCCGAAGCGGCGUUCAUUGAACUGGAGCCGGAUAGCAAGGACACGGACAUGCGGGCGCUAUCCAACAUCGGCACCAAGUCGUUCCGAGCCAGCGAACGGGAUGCCAUGACGAGGGCACUGGCGCAUCUCGCGCGCACGCUCGAUAAUCGUUAGGAAAUCUAGUACAAACAACACGUUAGUUUCCAUGUGUUCCACG